AUGUACUUGCGCAUCCCCCGAGUCGCAUUCUUCGUCAUCACCACCUGCCUCUGUAUCGCAGAGAUUGGGCUCGCGGCGUGGUCGGUUGCAGACGCACACGACAAGCAGAAGCUCGUCAAGCACACUCUCCCCGUCGCAUCCCUCGAUGUUAGCGAUGCGCUCGCCGUCGGCGGAGCCGUGACCGCCGCUGCCGCCCUCUCGACUCUCCUCUGCCUCGGCUUGCUCUUCUUCACCGUCUUCAAGCCCCGCCAGGCAGAGACGCUCACGUCGGUUCGCAUCAAGGAGGGAUGCUUCGCCAUCAUCAUCUUGUUGUGGAUUGGCACGCUCAUUCCCGCAACUUACUACACCGCAACUCGCUCCGGCAUCAUCCACGCUCCCGGCAUCCCCCAAUCCCUCAUCGACCAACUCGUCAAAGCCUCGGGCCAAAACCUCUCCUACAACCACCAGCGCCCUAUCCUCUCCUACCUCAUCGUCGGCUGGAUCGCCUUCCUUUCGACCGUCAUCUCGCUCAUCCUUGUCUCGAUCGCGGCGAGGAAGACGCUGAAUUACGGACCGGACGGGACGGGACCGCUUGAGAUGCGCCAGCACAUCAAUUCGACGAACACGGCGACGCCUGCUGAGUCGGCCCGUCCCUCGACAGCGAUCGAGAAGCCUCCGACUGGCCUUCACUCGGCGGAGGACCACGCCUGA